CCGAAAAUGCAAUCGUGUUCCACUCCUGACCGCCAUGGCUACAGUGUUGGCUUUUCGCCCUUCCAGCCGAAUCAUUUAUUGCUGGCAACAAGCCAGCUGUAUGGUUUGGCUGGUGGUGGCACGCUAUUUCUGCUAGAACUACCUCCGCCGGGUGGCAAGGGCUUGACGGAACUUGGACGCAUGGAGUGGACUGAUGGACUUUUCGAUGUGGCUUGGUGUCCGUACGCAGAUAAUAUAGCGGCAACGGCUUCUGGCGAUGGUUCGUUACAAAUUUGGGGUGGUCUAGAUGAUAACCUCGUUACAGAGACAGACUUGAAAACGUCAAAACAACCGUUAAUUUGUAUGCAAGAACAUAAAAAUGAGGUUUACAGCAUCGAUUGGGGCGAACAGUGGAAUUGUCAUCAACUCUUGUCGGCCAGUUGGGAUGGUACCAUCAAAUUGUGGGACUGCCAUCGCCAGAAUUCGAUAGCCACCUGCAGUGGACACAGUGACCUCAUCUAUUGUGCAAAGUUCUCACCGCUUAUUGCCAAUCUCUUUGCUAGCGUAAGUACAGAUGGUAAUUUAAACUUAUGGAAUUCUGCUCUUGAAUUUUCAGGUAAACCAUUGAUGAGCAUCGAGGCAGCACACAACGGUGAAGUAUUGGCCUGCGACUGGAGUCAAUUCGAUCGAAACAUAUUGAUGAGUGGCGGCUCGGAUGGUUUGGUGCGUGCGUGGGACUUGCGAAAUAUGCGACAUCACAUUUUUCAGCUUUACUCGGGAGAAUUCGCCGUACGAAGACUGGCUUGUUCGCCGACCUCGGCGUCGAUAGUGGCGACGGCUAAUUAUGAUUUCACAACGAGAAUUUGGGAUUUCAAUCAAUCUUUGGACGCCAUGGAAGUCAAUGUAAAUCACACAGAGUUCGUUUGCGGCUUGGAUUGGAAUACGAGCAUACCACAUCAGCUAGCGGACUGUGGCUGGGAUUCCAUUGUUAAUGUUUACACGCCACGAACCUUGAAGGAGCUACUGGACUAGUGUGAGCUCGCCUUGUGGUGGAUUAUGAUGAUUUUGAACUAACUUAGUACGCUUUGUAAAUGCGCUGUGAAUAAUUGUUUAGUAAUAUCUAGAAAAUAGGAGUUAAGCAGCAGGAGAAUAACCGCAGACAGAUUAUUACGGUUGAUCUACAAAAUAUAUCAAAUAUAUGAUCUGCCCAUCCAUGAAAGUGGAUCAAGAGAUGAAUAUAGCUGAGCUAUAUAUAUUUUGCCAACUAAGUGUC